UUCUCUUCCUGGUUGAAAAGAUGGCGGCUAAUCAAGCUUUGCGCCAAUUAGUCCCUCCAUCCCUGUCUGCUAAAGUUGAAGGCUCAUUUGCAUAUCUCACAGUGAGAGACAGGUUGCCGACCAUCCUGACAAGAGUCAUUGACACCAUCCAUCGCAACAAAAACAAGUUCUUUGAGGAGUUUGGAGAGGAGGGAGUCCAGGCAGAGAAGAGGACCAUUGGCUUUCUUUCUAAGCUGAGAAAUGAGCUGCUGACAGACAAGCCUGUCCUGGUUCUGUGUGACGGCCUGGAGGACACAGACAGCUGGAACCAGUACCUCCAGAGACAGCAGAGGCUACUGGGGGAGCGGGACCCCGUCAGCUGGUUCAAGUCCCCCUGGCUCUACAUAGAGUGCUACAUGUACCGCAGGAUACAGGAGGCCAUCUGGCUCAAUCCCCCCAUCAGCGACUUUGACGUGUUUAAUGAAAGCAAGACGCAGAGUUUCUUUGAGUCCCAACAGGCUGUGAUAUCCCUGUGUACAUAUCUACAGGGAUUCAACAGGAACAUGGACGACCUCUCAGAGACACAGCUCAUGGAGCAGUUCCACAAACUACUACAGGUGUCUCUGUGGGGUAACAGGUGUGACCUGUCCAUCUCUGCUGGCAUGGAGAACUCUCAGAAGGCCAGUCCCAUUGACUCCCUGUCUGACCUGAAGUCUUUUAUCCUGGUGGACGACUCCAACAUGGUGUGGUCUGCUCUGACCUCUGCCCAGAGACCAGGGGAGGACGGCAAAACCACCCCAGGGAGGGUGGACAUCGUCCUGGACAACGCUGGCUUCGAGCUGGUCACAGACCUGGUCCUCGCUAACUUCCUGGUGUCCGCUGGUCUGGCCAGGGAGGUCCGCUUCCAUGGCAAGUCCAUCCCCUGGUUUGUCUCCGACGUCACCGCGCACGACUUCCAGUGGACCAUCCGCCAGACCCUGGCGGCCAAUCACAAGUGGAUGUCCAAGAGCGGCGUCCAAUGGCAGAGCUACGUACGGGACGGCGUGUGGUCCUAUCACGACCACCCGUUCUGGACAAUGCCUCAUGAGUACUGUGACAUGGCGGGCGAUGCGCCUGACCUCUACGCGACACUGCAGGGAGCCGACCUGAUUCUGUUUAAAGGAGACCUGAACUACAGGAAGCUGACUGGGGACAGGGAGUGGGAUCACAUGGUGCCGUUUGAUAGGGCACUGAGGGGGUUCGGGCCAGCUCCCCUGUGCAGUCUGAGGACUCUGAAGGCUAACAUCCAGGUGGGGCUCCAGCCGGGGCAGGGGGAGAACCUCAACACCCAGGAGCCCAGCUGGAUGACCAGCGGGAAGUACGCUGUGGUCCAAUUCUCCAGCCCUCACAGGGAACAGUAGACCUGUCUGGGACAGGAAUUGACGUCAAUAUGUUCAUAAUAAGUGGUGUCAUCAUAAUCAGAGGAAGCAAGGGCGUGAGCAGGGCCAGUGUACUUGUAACCAUAUGCCAGGUUAGAGGUGUAGUAUGUUUUGUCUUAGAACUACCUAAUGUAUUUAAAUGAGGAGAGUGGUUUAAAGGAGGAUGAUAGAGGAUACUUUAAAAAGAGGAGGGUAGUUAAGUACGGAGUGGCUGCAGAUCCGACUUCUCUGGACCCGUCUUCUCGACAGCUAAAGGUUCGAAGCUUCUGUGAAUGUGUGGUAUCUCUACUUUACACACAGUCUCUGUUCUACUUGUUCAGCUGCCCAGAGAAGAGGCUACUCUGGCUAAAGGUGCUUGUUUAAUAAAGUUAGAUCAAACUUGAAUCAUUGUAAGAUUACAUAAAGAUAAUAUUCUACAGAACCAAAUAAAAUAGCAUAGUAUAACAUUACUCUAUUACAAAAAACACCUAAUUUCUUAUAUUUUAGGAUGAUUGUGCUAAUGGUCACGUUUUUCUCUCAUGCGGUCUAAACUCAGUGCACGCCACUCAGCAAAGGUAUGCUACAGUUUAAUACCAUCUGCAAAAAAAUGUGCUCAAGGUACAUAACUAAUUCAAAACACUGUAGCCUACUUCAAACAACACUGUAGCCUACACUCAAUAAUAUUUAAAUGCAUAUGCCCAUGAAACUGAUUGCGAGCAAAUGGUUGGCGUGCAGAUACUGCAUGGAUGUUUCACUGGUAAAACUUGAAGAAUUAUCAUUCACGAUUGACAGUGAGAAAUGCGAAGGGAGGGUGACCAGAAGUUUGGGUGUGCGUAGAGGUAAAGAAACACAUGCACAGAACGUGAGUCGGAUCUUCAGCUCUGGGGAAAGGGAUCCAGUGGGAUGGGGCUGUGACCUCCGGAUCCCCAGCCUCUGCCAUUUAAAUAAUGAUCAACUGGCAAAACUACAAAACAAUGACAUUUACUUCUCCCAUUUAACAAAUGUGUUGACGGUUGUUUACCAUCAUCCAGUACUAGGGUUGGCCUCCACCUCGAUUCCAUUUCAAAUCAGUCAAUUUAGAAGCAUUGAAAUUCCAAGUCAUGAAUUGAAACAUGCUUAUCUGAUCUUAAGUGACUUUUUCCCAACCAUAUUAUGUAAUUUAUGUAAUGUUUUUGUCUCCCCAACAGCGACUACACAAAAUAUAGAUUUGAGACACAUUUCAUUCAUAAUCAGAGGCAAUAAGAUGCAAGGUGCAAUUUUAACAUUUACAUGUUAAGUUGGCCUGUCAUGAAUAGUUUAGAAUUGUUAUUUUAAGUUGAGACCUUAUGUAAUACCAAAAGCCAGCGGCUACUUUUUUAGCCAAUUUUUUUUGCAUGAGCUUGGCAAGAAAAGAGUAACGUCCAUUACAGAGUAACUUGUGGUUGCUGGUAUUUUCUGGGUCUUAAUCAACGUCAUCAGUUUGUCUUGUCAAUUUAUUGCAUGCGUUUUUGUUAGCAUACAUGGGGGUUUGCACAGUGACCACAGUCCCGGAGUUUACAUUUUCAUAGUUAAAUAACUGAAGUUGAACUACAAGGUAAUGUACACACUCUGGAAAACUAUAGAUAAAUCAUAGUCUUUGGGGCAGUGCAAUCACACAUACAAGGCGUGUGUUGUUAAAAGAAUAGCACUAACACCUGUCUAAGUAUGUAUUUCUGUUUCUGUUUGAUAGUGCAAAAUGUUAUUUACUAAUGUCAUUAGAAUGUCUCUGUAACCAGUGCUGGUGCCGUUGUGAUCCUAAAUGACUGGAUUGUUCUCUUUGCAGAAAUCUGGAACAAAAAUUGUUAUAUUAUAACGGACUUGGUUUAAAUAAAGAACUUCAAUGACUGGUCUUA